CUGGCGUUUUGCCCCUGCUCGAACCCGCCCACCGCCAUGGCCCCUCUCGCCGACUUUCUGGUCACUCACCUUCCUUUGCCCAACGUUCCGUAUCACUAUACGCACUAUGUCGUUGGCAAAACCCCUCUCUCCACGACUCCCGAGGUCGUCGCGGGGCUCGUCGGUUACUUGGUCCUCGUCUUUGGCCUUCGUGAAUACAUGAAGGACAAGCAACCCUUGAAGCUCACCACUCUGUUCCAACUCCACAACGUGCUUCUCAGUAGUGGUAGCUUGCUCCUUCUCACCCUCAUGAUGGAGGAAAUUGCACCCAUUGCAUGGAAACAUGGAAUCUUCUACGCAAUGUGUCACCAAAGCUCAUGGACAAGGCGGAUGGAGUUCUACUAUAUGAUCAACUACUAUUUCAAGUACUGGGAGCUUGCGGACACCGUUUUCCUCGCAUUGAAGAAGAAACCUCUAGCCUUCUUGCACGUAUUCCACCACUCUGCUACUGCGUUGCUGUGUUGGUCUCAACUUAAUGGCAAGACUAGCGUGUCUUGGGUCGUCAUCACCCUCAACCUCGCUGUGCAUGUAUUAAUGUAUUACUAUUACUAUGCCACCGCCGGAGGUGCCAAGAUCUGGUGGAAAAAGUACCUUACUUCCAUGCAAAUUACUCAGUUCGUAAUCGACCUCUUCGUCGUCUACUUCGCGACGUACUCCUACUACGCCUCCACCCAUUGGGCUUCGUUCGACCUGCCACGGCUCGGUAGCUGCGCGGGCACUGAGAACGCGGCGUUGUUCGGAUGCGGACUUCUCACCUCUUACCUUUUCCUUUUCAUCAACUUUUACAUUCAAACGUACAAGAAGCCCGCCAGGGCGAAACCGCUCGUCAACGGCAACAGUACCGCCAAUGGCGUGGCUAACGGCAAUGGUGUGGUCAACGGACACGCAAAGGGUCAUUGAACAGGGCGAGGGUCAUUGAACGUCGGGCAUAUAAGGCAUUGGUCAACUAGAGCAUCCGGACAUAUACCAUACCAUACUGGUCACAUAUCCAGCGCAUCUGCACGCCUUUUCACUGUUCAGCACUUGCGUCCAUACUGUUGUCUAAUAUUCAUGAUCAUUGCAAUGAUGCAGGUAGUGUGGACCGUUCACAGUCGGAUUGAACGGCGACACGUGAAGGAGCCCAAAACACCAACUCCCCAACUCCUGCUGCCGUCCGGGGAAGGGGCGGGGGCAGCGCGGGAGCUGGUAUUUGUGCGACAAGCCCGACGAUGUCGCGCCAGCAUGAUCUCCCAUAUACCAUAAAAGAAUAAAGUGUCCGCAGAAGCUCAGCGCUCCUUCUCCAGCGCGCAGGUAGGUAGGUAGGUAGAUUGCCGACGUGGUCCCGGUAGCGGAACGGCCGGAUGCUGCGCUGCCCGUACGCCAACAGAAUAUAUCGGAGAUUGGGAUGGUUCGCACGGAAACAGGGUCUCGUCGGGCGACAAUAGAACAACGGUAUACCAAGAUUCGGACGACGAUAAAGACCGACAGGAUUGCAACUGGAUCCAGUUCUGGUGAGGAUGUCGACGCGAUGGGGAAGGAUGGGGUCGCCGAC